GCCGCCAUAUUGGAGGAGACGCCGCCGAAGUCGCCCCCGCCGCCGCCGCCGCCGCUUUGAGUGCCGCAACAGGCGGAACCGGCCCGCCCAUCCCGUCUCUGGCCUGCCGGCGACGGCGGGCCUGAGCCCUACCUGCGGGACCCGAGGGAGAAGGCCGCGGCCGCCCGGGGCUCCUGUCGCUUUCCGCUCACCGAGCGGGGCCCUCCGGGGUCGAAGGCUCCGUUCUCUUGCCGCCGCCGCCGCGCCAUGACUUCGCUGACCCAGCGCAACUCGGGCCUGGUGCAGCGCCGCACGGAGGCUUCGCGCAGCGCGGCCGACAAAGACCGGGGGGCCGGCGGCGGCAGCGGCGGGGGAGGUGGCGGCGGCGGGCCGGAGGAGGAAGACCGGCGAGACGAGCAGGGGGACGAGGAGAAGGGGGACUCCAAGGAAACACGGCUCACGCUUAUGGAGGAGGUGUUGCUUCUGGGCCUUAAGGACCGGGAGGGUUAUACAUCAUUUUGGAAUGAUUGCAUUUCAUCUGGGCUUCGUGGUUGCAUGUUAAUUGAAUUGGCACUGAGGGGGCGUCUUCAACUUGAAGCAUUUGGAAUGAGACGUAAAAGUUUGCUAACUAGAAAGGUGAUAUGCAAAUCAGACGCUCCUACAGGAGAUGUUCUACUUGAUGAAGCUUUGAAGCACAUUAAAGAAACUCAGCCUCCAGAAACAGUGCAGAACUGGAUAGAACUACUUAGUGGUGAGACAUGGAAUCCAUUAAAAUUGCAUUACCAGUUAAGAAACGUCCGGGAACGGUUAGCCAAAAACCUAGUUGAAAAGGGGGUUUUGACUACGGAGAAACAGAACUUUCUCCUCUUUGACAUGACCACGCACCCCCUCACCAAUAACAACAUUAAGCAGCGCCUCAUCAAGAAAGUUCAAGAAGCUGUGCUUGACCGAUGGGUGAAUGACCCCCACCGCAUGGACAAGCGCUUGCUGGCUCUCAUUUACUUAGCCCACGCAUCAGACGUCCUGGAGAACGCUUUUGCCCCCCUUCUGGAUGAGCAGUAUGACCUUGCCACAAAGAGGGUGCGGCAGCUCCUGGAUUUAGACCCUGAAGUCGAAUGUAUGAAGGCCAACACAAACGAGGUUCUGUGGGCUGUCGUAGCGGCCUUCACAAAAUAAACACAAUCAGACUGCUCAAACACUUUUUUUUCCUCAUUUCAUGUAAAUCAGUUAAUCUUCUCUUGAUGAUUCAUACUUUCUGUUAUCUGUACCACCCCUUUUGUGAUGAAAAUCGGCUCCUGUUCAUAAGAAUGGUAGGUAAUGUGUUCUGGGUCCCCAUGCACCCCCCCCCCCACUGCCACCCAUAUAUGUCUACUACAGGAUUCUGCUGGUGCAAGAAAGUUACUUCCUGUUCUUAAACUGGUGAGCUGUCAUAUUGUCAUUCUGUUUUAUAUCCAAUUUAAGUUACUUUAGAUUUCUAUUGUGUACUUCCUUUUCUUCCUCCGGAAUGCUGUUGUACAAAAAAAAAAAAAAAAACACUUCCCAGGAGAGAAGCAAGAACCUAAUUUCCAGUGGAUUUAGCUCUAUAAUGUAACUCAGCAGCGGAGCAUUAUGAAGUAAAAUCAUAGAAGGAUUUUGACAUCCCUAAGUUUAGCUACACUGAAAUCUGGAGAAAGUGUUUUUACAGGCAGUGUUAAACCAGUAACACUUAUGUGGGAAACUUAUAUAGAACCAACCCACCUGAACGAAAGCAUAAAAGCAAUACUUGGUGAAAUAUAUUUUCUUUCUUUAUUGAAGUUUGGAUGUGUUCAAAUUAUUCUAAAACCUUGAAUAUCCCAAAUGGGCUCAGUAAUUUUUUGCAUAUUGCUGCCCAUGCAAAAAUAUAUUAAUUUUAUGCUUUGUUUUUUUCCUCUGCAAAACAUUCUGAAAUCUCAAAUUAGUACAGAAGGGCCCUAUUGUUUCACAAAGAGCUUUUAUGAUGGGAUGCAUUCCAUUGUGGCCUGUACAUAGUAAGAAUUGUACAUUAACACGCGAGCACAUUAAAUGAUUUUAGUAAAAUUCCAAAUGUCAAUGGAUGGUACACCUGGCAUUCCAUUACUUGCUUUUUUAACUGCUGCCUUCCCGUCUCCCCUGCCCUGUUUUUGGAAGCUGGGCCUCCUAUAAGUGAGUGAAUGAACAUGUGUGAUUCUUUUCUGACCUGCCUGGGCUUUGUGCCAUCCAGGUACAAUCUGCCUAUGCAUUGCCUUGAUAGCAUUUGUAGUAUGAUGAAACUACGUUAUUAUAAUUUUUUAAAUCUUAUUUUCAGAAGAAGCUUGUGACCAGUAAAAUUCUUUGUGCAGUUUUCAGUUUUAGUUAAUUCACAACCUAAUACAGUACUAUGUCUCAUGUCAUUAAUCUACUUAACACUUCACAAAAAAAAUCAGCUGUCAAUCUUAGCAAGUAUUGCAUGUAAAUUGUUAGCAGGUGAAUACUACAGUUAAACCAAUUAAGAGUUCUGUAGUAGGACACUCUACUAUGUUUUAAUUUUUAUAUACAAUUAUGCUGAUUAGCACAUUAUUGUAAAAUAUAUAAACUGGCUUUUUAAAGUUUAUUACCUCUUUCCUGUUGCUUGUCCUUGCUUCACAAUGUAAAUAUUAUGCAUUGAACAAAUUAAAAACUGGCUUUUUUCCCCUUUUUGGUUCAAAUAACAGAACACAUUAAUAGUGGGGCUGGUAUCUAGAGAUUUUUCUUUAACACUGAAAAUAGAGAAUACUAAAUGAUGCAUAUAACUGUAGUUGAAAGUAAAGGGAAUUCCCAAUCUGUAUACUAGCUUUUUACCUAUGGUAAAUAAACCUAUGAUCUUGAAAGUG